GUAGAGUUGUGAGUUGUGAAGGCAGAAGGCACAAAUCGGUGAAGAAGGCUCCGUAUAUCGGGAAACGCGUACGCGGUUUACGGUUUUUCCUCCCUCGCUCGCUCGCUUGCCGUCUCGCGUGUGGCAGAGAAGAAGACUGCAAACGUUCCUACAGUAUCCGUGAAAUGUUUUUUAAUUGAAACUCUUCGAUCUUUGGCGUUAUUUUAAUCCAAAUUAGGACAGCUUUAUAGGAAAAACUCAGAGUAGUGCUUUCGGUACGGUGUGUGAAAUUUGAUUUUUAGUCGAGGAGCAUUUUGUUCUGGGAGAACCGAACAAAAGUGUGUAUCUUUCAAGUGGAUUCUUUUAUAUGCAUACGUUUGAAAGAAGACAAACGUGAAGUGUUUUUUUUUAGUUCGAGUGUAUGAGUGCGAAUAUUGUUGAGUUGCCUUUGGGAGAAUUUCAACUGAUCGCGAAGGUCUCCUGGAAUCUGCGGAACGUCCAAGAUAACCCCGGGAAUAUAUUAGCAGCAGCAGCAGCAGCAGUUUCUUUGACUUCAGCCAUCGAUUGUCACCGACAUAAAGCAGCAAUUGAAUAUUUUCGGUCCAUGAAAAUGUUCACUUUGUAAUUCGAGCAAAACACGAGACCACCGAGAAACGGACGCAAAAAUGCCAGUUUUCGGAGAGUUCCAAGGACUCCACCUCUUCUUCCGUCGCUAAGAAGCUGGACCGGGAGACCGAACGGACCAAGGAUACUUGCAAUACACCCCAAGGCAAUCGCAAUUUUGAAUAGUGAAACGUAAAUUUGAACACACCGACGAGAUGAAACCAGAAGAGACAGUGGUGCCGAUCAGACAGCAACAGCAGCAACAUUUGCUGGCAGCAGCAGCAGUAUCGGCGCAAACUGUUGGCGGCGCAUCGCUAAUGAUGGCCUCGGCAUCGACACAGACCCAAACCCAGACAGUCCAACACCGGAUGAACCCCCUGUCGAACACAUCAGCCUCGGCUUCGGGAUGCUUCAUCAAACCGUCCUUAUCGUUGAACUCGUUGCCUCCCCAGGGUCCGCCCGAGGGAUCGGAGAUGGCCCAGAAUAGGAUGCGAAUUGAUCGGCCGUAUAACAGUUUGAAGAAAAAGCGCGACUCGGAGCGUGAACUGUGGCGCCGGUCGUGGGGCAGUGGCCACAGCCACAGUUCUUGCAGUCUCCAGAGCAGCACUAUGACCGGUAUCGGUAAGGAUGAUUUUUGGGCGGCACUCCAGACAAACUAUAAUUUUAUCAUGGACACAAACCUGCUCGACAAUUGCCGGGAUGCUCGAUGCGAAAUCGAAGGUCCCGUUGUGCGAGCCGAUGAUGACGACAUGGAUUACUAUCGGAAGGCUAUGUACAAACCCUCCCCGAUGCAGACAUUCUACGGCGAUCCUCGCCUGUUACGUCAGUGGAUCAAAGAGAUGGAAAAUCGUAUCCCACGGAUUCCCUCGGUCACGGAGACAAAGAAGUUGACAGUGGAGCAGUUGUUGAAGCUCUCUGGAGAACAUUCGGAGAUCUACCGUGAAAUAGAAUCCAAUUCGCGGGCAGUAGCGGCGUGUGUACGUGCAUACGAGCGCAAGUCGGCCAAGGCUAGCAAAUUUUGCGCUAACGUCUCGGGGAUUUCCAGUCUAGCGUCUUCUACAUCGACGGGCGUCAAUUGCGGUGGACCAACUUCCGGCUCUGGAUCCCUAACACCCGAAGUAGAAGCCCACAACGGCACAGGGCAGAAGUCGGGUGUCACAAAGCAGCUCAGUGGUGGUGCUAAGCCGAAGGAAAACAGCGUGGUAAAGGGGCUCGAAAGACGCUAUCACCUGUUAUAUCUAAAGGCUUUCGAAAUUAAAUAUCUACUCGAGCGAUUGCUAGAUAACAAAGCUUCGAGCUCAGAUAACAACGCCAGUCUAUCGGAUACGGAUGAGGAACCGGCCAACAAGUUAGCCCGACUCGGCGAUUCCACCAGCGGUAAAUCAAAAUCACCGGAUUCCGUGAAGAAUGACUGCAUUAGUGGCGAAGAAGAAUGGGGUAAAGUGAAGAAACUCUCGAGCGCUGGUUUCGAUGCCGAUUCCGAGGGCAGCGAUUGUGAGAUUGUACCGAACAUUAUUACCUACCAUAGUCAGCAGGAGCAGCACGGCUGCGGCAGUUCCAAGGCUUUCACGACGGCCAUAACUAGCAGCAGCGCAUCACCGGGCAUGUCUUCCUUCGCGCUGAAUCAGCCGGAAGCGGCGACUGCACACAGUCCUAUACUAGAAUUAGAUAGCCAUAAUUUGUCGCUGAUCACUAACAGCAGCAGUACUACGACGGCCUACACUACCAAUACCCUUGCCGAUAUCAGUGAUGAUGGCCCCCUAGAAGUGGUCGCCACGGACAACGUGGACGGCAUAAAUCGGGAGCCCAGCGCACAAGACUUGAUCAACAAUAAUGGCAGUCGGAAUUUCAACGGGGAUGCCUCUAGCCAACCUCUGAAGAAAGCUCCCAGUGAACAGAAGCAGCUAGUCCGCAGCACUGGUGGUCAGCAGGGAAAACAGAAGCGCAACAAAAUCAACGAUUUGUCCAAGUUCAAUCGAUCCACUCGGAAGUCGAAAAAUUGUGCCACAUUUUACUUUAAGCAUCUCGACACCGAUUCCGAGCUGAACAAAGACUCCAGCGAGCGCACCAAAUCGGAGGAAUCGACCAGCUCGUCGGAGGGUGACGAAUGGGUGUACAACAAUGGCAGCGGCGGUGACGAAGGGGGCGUCCAGGAGGGAGAGGCUAGCCAGGACAGUGGCUCGGAUCCAGUCCAGGCGACCGAAUCGUCCAAUGCGGUGAAAUUGAUUUCGUUGAAUGAAGAGGAUGAGAAGGAGAACAACCCAGGAGGGGAGGAAAGGGUUGACGGACCUAGGCAGAAUAUGAUGGCGAAAGAUUCGAGAUCGAAAAGGAGUUUGGAUUUUUCACAUGACGCGAAACUCAACAGCCGAGCGCUGAUGAUGACUUCGAUCGGAAGCUUCGGCAAGAGCACCGAGUCGGUUGACAGUGGUGGCAGAAACGGUGGAGGAUCGCUCAUUACGUCGAAGCAGCAGCAAUAUGCAACGACUUCGAUCCAAAGGUUAGUGCUGCAUGCCGAAACGCUCGUACGGGACGAGAUAUUCGCAAAGACACCCAAAACUGUUGUCAAAAAUACACACUAUUUGCACCACAACCACCACCAUCAUCACCAUCAUCGCCAUCAUCACGGAUCGUCAUCACGUCAUCAUCACGCGAUAGUUAGCAGCAGUACCGCGGCAGCUUCCGUCGCCGUCGCCACCACCAAAAACAUCACCAACAGCAGCGACUGCGACAGUAACAAUAGGAAGGCGGAGAAAGUGAUGAGCAACCUCAAGAUCAACCGGAUCGAGGAAUGGCUCGAGAAACAACCGUUGGAUGCGGCCACAGCAGCGCCUCACCUGCCUGGUUCCGGUCCUACGACGGAUUGUGAAGCUUCCGGCGAGUAUACCGAUUCCGAUUCGAUUACCCGCGAUACGGAUAGUUCGGAGGGUCUUGCCAAUUCGGUCGCUACUUGUCUGCAGGGUGACCAGACCUCCCAGGAGAUGCUCAACGAGAACGUUUACCCCUCGGAGACAUCGAAUGUGUCCAACGACGAGGUCGAAUCGAAGAACAACGCCAAUUCGAACCCAUCGCUGGUGAAAAGACGGGUCAACAAAUCCACCGGUGACAGGCCCUGGUCGGUGUCGUGUAUCUCUCAGCUCAACACCUCGGCGGUGGAGAUAAAUCAGUACGGGGAACGUCACGAAACGCAUCAACAUCAGCGAUUGACGGCAAGUCUCUCGAUUAGCGAGUCCGCAUUGAACACGAUGUCUGCGGUGCGCAGUACGAUGAAGCCUACAACGAGCAGCGGGGGUGGCAGCCAACAGCCACUGGUGGGGAAGAGUUCCGACAGUAAGAACUCGCUGAAGAAGCGCAAGCUGCGGGCAAGAAGAAAGAACCGCAUCGACGAGUCCGGUUCGGAUGAAUCGCAGACCCAAACGCAGCACUCAUCGGCACUGCAGAUCCUGCAGCACUCGCUAAUACUGCAACAUCAGCAGCAGUUGCUGCAGCAGCAUACGCCUCUACGGGAAAUUCAACUAUCGGCCGGAAGCAGUAGCGGAAGUGGCCGCCAGCAGCAUCAGUACAGCAGCAGUAGCCAUCGGGGCAGCAGCAGUUUGCUCAAGUCCGAAUCGUUCUCCGGGCGGAUUCGACUGGCGGACGAUUUGGUCACACUGUCGUCACUGUCCGGGUCGUCUGGAUCGCGCAAAUCGUCCUCUGCUCGGCAGACGACGAGAGGAACGGCCUUGGCGACACUGAUGACCUCAAUGUCGUCGAAGAAAUCCGCUCCGGACAGCGAGGAGGAACAACAGCAGCAGGCGCUGGCGAUGGCCAAGCCCAACUUCAAGAUCGGUUCCGUCGCGAGAGCCCGCUGUGGAAGUCUCAAUCUAGGAUCAUUAGCCGCACUGGCUAAUUAUAAUCUAGAUGGUGUAGAACGGAACGAGGCGGAUCUCAACGGAACCGGAACGGGCACCGAGGAGAUGAGUAGCUUCUCGGAGCAGGCGUGGGAUAACUAUCAGGAGAAGUACAUGAGCGAAACGUAUUCCGAGGAACGGGACACGGACGCUGCCCGGCGGUUGUUGGACUUUGGCGAUGAUUAUCGCAAUUUCAUCGAUUCGCAGUCGGACUGUGCUUCCUCGUCGCUUUCGGCGGCAAACAUGGAUUCGUUGUCGCCACCGCGCUUCCGCAAAAGUGAAUCGCUCAACAAAAGCUCCGAGUCAAAUGUGAACUCGUUGAACCGGCGGAAGCGAUUGGACGAGUACCGGAUGGAUGAUCGAUACAGUCACAACAUGCACUCUUGGUCCAGCAAAUCGGGCAGCCCACCCCAUCAUCAUUCCCUGGGGCUGGACAAAACACUGACGGUGCGAAGCAAGCACCACGUGCUGUACGAGAGUCCCGACCAGGCGGCAAGCAGUGGCGGACCAACAACGGCCAGCGGUCGUCGCCGUUCGUUGCGUUCGGUGGACAAACACAACUCGUUCCUCCGCUCGCUGUCGCACGAAACGAGUUCCAGUUCGAACAACGAAUUCGACGAAGACACGGAGGCGGAGGUGAAGAAGAUGCUCAUCCAGAGCAAGCUGCGGUUCGCCAACACGGAAGCGCUCAAAGCGAAAUCCCACCUGCUCAAGCCGGAGGACUAUGAGGAAAUCAUCAAAACCUGCCGCGAGAACGUGCGCUGCCUCGAGACGGUGCUGCUGUCCCAGCCAGGAACGGUGCUGACGGCCGCCAAGUGCCAAGAUCUAAGAGAUACUAUCCUCUGCUGGGAGAAGCUGCUGAGUUGGAGCGAGAGGCGACAGAUCACGACUCGGUUCCAGGCGGAGAUCCUAUCGCUGAAGGAUGUGCUGGAGGAUUUGGGCUGUAAGGCGUUCGACUUCUGCUCGGAGGCACAUAUACAGUUGGCCAUCGAUCAGCUGAAGAACGAACGCAAGGUGCUCCAAAACCAGCGCCCGAAGAUGCUCACACUGAACGCGACCGUUCACAAUUGGGUUUCGGCUCAGGAGCUUCAGCGCAAGGAACUACUGCUGGACGACGAGACGAUCGACGCCCGGAUGGAGCAGCUCGAUCGGGACAAGAAUUUCGCCAAGUGCAUCAAUCAGAAGUGUGGCGCUUGUUACGAGUGUCUGAACGAACUGCGCGAGGAUUGCACCAUCAACCAGGAGCUGAAGGACGGCAUCAGUCAGCUGUACAGCACCUGGGAUGAGGCGGAAAUGAGAAUUAGAAACCGAAUUGAGAAUCUAACCAGUUCGAUGAUGACCUGGAAGCAGUUGGAAGAUGGUCUCAGUGAUCUGAAGGAUAUUCUCGAUCGCGACCGUGGUAAACUGCAGGGAAUAGAGGGUGCUCUGCAGAGCGGACGAGCUGAUGAAAUGGUCAACAAUGUCAAAGAAGUCGUUAAAGCGCUGUCGGAGAAAGUUGAGCCGCUUUUUCAGGAGGAACAUAAUCUACCCAUUCCCGUCAAUCUCAAGCUCUCGUCGAGUGGUUCUCUGUCUGAUAGUGGCAUUUCCGACGGUGGUGGCAUGUCUGAUGGUAGCCUAUCGGAGCGAGAGAAGCGACUGAGUGCGUUGAAACGGUUGGUGAAGCAACUGGAGGUGGCACUGGCCCCGGGAAGUGAGGCCAUGCAGACGAUCACAAAGCGGCUGGAAAUGGCAGAGCACGAAUUGCGCUCCCUGCAGAACACCUGCCGGAAGAUCAUCAUGACCACCGGAGAAAACUGCAACAACAAUGAUACGAACGUUAAAAACAAAAAUAAAAAUAAGCAAGCAAGUAAAAAGAAUCGCAACUCAAGUCCGACCAAGUCGGACCGGUCCAAGUCCCGUUCGAAUCAAUCGCUGAACGAGACCGAUUCCGAGGAAACCCGUUACCACCAGGAAGUGCAAACUGACGAAUCACACACGCACGAUCGAAACCAUCAUCAGCAGCAGCAUCAGCAGGAGCAGCAGCUCAAAAAGACCGCCGCCCAGUCCGCCCAGCUGGGCAUUAUUCAAACCACCAAGUUGAAACUGUCCCAGAAUCGCUGGGUCUGGCGAAUCACAAAGAUUGCCGUUCCGGUCCAGUUGGCGCUGGUUCUGGUUAUGUGCGCGGCAUGCUUCUUCGAGCCGCACUGCUGCGAUGCCCUGAACACCUACUCGAUGAGCUUCACGCCGCAGUUGCGCUACAUUAAGGGACCACCACCGGUUUGAAGCAGAGGUCCCCCAUUCAUGUGUCGCAAACGGACGCGAGGUUUAUUUGCUUUUUUCUCGCGCGAGCGAGGAGAAAAUGAGUUUUUUCUGUUUAUUUUACACGGAUAAUUUUAUAUCCUGGAGAUAUAGUAGAGUUGUGCAUUAUCUAGCUAUUAAGGAGAGUCCUUUUUUAUCGGAAGCUAUUUAUAAAUACGAGCGGAUAUACUUCUACUUGACUUGUAUAGGGUUAAAUAUUUCAGCAAACACUUGUACCAUAACUUAAUCGUUUCCGUUAUCUUUAAAAUGCGCAAGGGCAAUCUAAAUUUUGAACGCUCGAAACUAUUUUUGUUUCCUUCUUAAUAAUCUACUUUAAGAUGAGUCAACAACAAGCAUACUUACCAAGCAGCGCGUCAAUAUUACUUUCAUUCUUGUCAUAACAAACGCAGAAAUAUGCUAAAUGUGCCUUCAGCGUAUGAAACUUUUAGAGAAGCAAACAACUAUUUUAGAACAAUAGUAUACGUGAAGUUCAUACAGAGUAACGCAGGUUCCUCUACAGAGAUACAGCAAAUACUUUUUAUAUUUCCUAGCUACUAAAUGAUUUACCAUGCUACAAAUUGAAUUCAGUAUAACAACACACAUCAGUAUCUACCAACGUGGAUUAGUCGUGCUCAGAAAUGACACACUGCCAUUUACAAGUGAGAUGCGCGAGAGAAACAUAAUUGUAGGUUUUUGAAUUGCAAAAUGAAUUUCUUGAAAGUAAAAACCGCAAUGGAUUUUUCCCUAAGAGAUAGCCGAUCCUUAAUUUGUACAUGUGCUUAUAGAUUUUCUUCCACUUAUUAAUACUGCUAGAUCUAUUUUCAAGAGAAACAAGAAGAGGUACUGAUUAACACAGAGAAAAUUGCGUACGGUGAGUAAAAGUACACUGGAAAUAAAUGUUUAUAUUUUAGUAAAAGUA